UUCACCAGCAGAGAGACAAACCGCCGGACGUGGCACAGAUUAUCAGCAGUCACCACCGAUCCAACCCUCACCCUCGCGGGAAUUGAAAUGGCGAUUCCCAUUUUCGGGUCUUCCAUUUAUAAUCCCCGCCCUCUUGUUGAUUCAAUUUUCUCUGUAAAUCUUCCAAACGGGAAUUUGAUUCCGAGGAGAAGGAGUUCACUUUCUUGUGCUCCGUCUGAACUAAAUGCAACCCCGAACCCAGUUCGGCCGGAGGUGUCCUUCUGUGUUGGAACUCACCUCAUACCACACCCCAGAAAGGUUGAGAGAGGUGGAGAAGAUGCUUUUUUUGUUAGCAGCUACAAUGGGGGCGUUAUUGCUGUUGCUGAUGGCGUUUCGGGGUGGGCUGAAGAGAAUGUGGAUCCUGCGUUGUUUCCUAAGGAAUUGAUGGCUAAUGUUUCAUGUUUGGUUGGGGAUGUGGAGGUAUUUUUAUCGAAAAUAUGGGUUAAUUAUGAUCCUCAAAUUCUCCUACAGAGAGCACAUGCUGCUACCUCCUCCAUAGGUUCAGCUACAGUAAUUGUUGCCAUGCUGGAGAAGAAUGGAAUUUUGAAGGUUGCCAAUGUUGGGGACUGUGGUUUACGGGUUAUUCGUGAAGGAAUAUUAAUUUUUUCCACAUCUCCGCAAGAACAUUAUUUUGAUUGUCCUUACCAAUUAAGCUCAGAGGUGGUGGGACAAACAUACCUAGAUGCCAUGGUUAGCAAUGUGGAAUUAAUGGAGGGAGAUGUCAUAGUGAUGGGCUCAGAUGGUUUAUUCGAUAAUGUCUUUGAUGAUGAAAUUGUUUCAACAGCAUGCCGACAUGGCAAAGUUGCUGAUGCUGGAUUCUAACUUUGACUCUCCUUACGCUUUAGAGGCCAGAACUAGGGUAAGAACUAUCAGAAUAUGAGCCAACAUUUUUUAAUUUAUAUAAAAUUCGUUUUCAGCGAUGAUCAUGACCUCCGAAUGAGUUAUUCUAUUUCAGGGUUAUGAUGUUCCCCUAUGGAAGAAAAUUCUUGGAAUGAAGCUAACAGGCAAAUUGCAUAAAUGAAUUCUUCUUCUUCUUCUUCUUCGUCUUCUUCUUCUAGUUUAAUGCAAAUGCUAAUCAGAGUUUUUUGUGGGGCAGGUGGGAAGCCUGAUGAUAUCACUGUGGUUGUUGGUCAGGUUGUGAGCUCAUGAAACAUUUAGGUCUCUUGGAGGAAAUUGAGAGCCUGUUUGUUAUAAAAGAAGAAUUGCACACCUUGUUUUUUAAUUUUCUAAUUUCGUGUAGAAAACUUGAAAAGUAAUAAAAAUAUGUCUUAAGUUUCUCAUACAAA